UUAGGAAAGAUGCAUGAACCUCCCCCUGCAUGUGGCCCUGCUGAAAAACUCCGCUCUCACACUAAGUGAGUCACAACUUACUGGAAUAAACGGUUUCAUAAAUCCUGACCGGCUCUCCACCACAAAGAGGUUUACGCACUUUAACUGGAGAUUCAAACACCAGCGACACCGGAGGCAACAUUUCAGUCGUCAGAGUCUCAUUUUACGCACAAUCCUCGUCCAAUUCCGACAUUGUUAAGAGAAGUUGCAUAAGUGAAACUGAUAUCAUACAAGGCAGCAGCUGUUGUGUUGAAUCCCGGGGGAAAAAAGUAGAGAUUCCGGCUCGUGUUUUUGGGAAGAACAAAAAGAGCAACAUGUCCAAACCGAAUUACUCCGGCACGUAUCAUAUGGUGGAGCAGGAUAAUAUGGACUCCUACCUCGCAGCUUUAGAUAUUAAUUUUGCCCUGAGGAAGAUCGUGUGUCUCCUGAAGCCCACCAAAGAGAUCACCCAUGACCCGGCCACAGGGGCCAUGAAGAUCCGCACGCUCACCACUUUUAAGAACUUCAACAUGGAUUUCACCAUUGGGAAAGAAUUCACCGAGGACCUGGGGCCAGUGGAUGGACGUUCCUGUCAGACUACAGUGAGCUGGGAAGGAGACAAACUGGUCUGUGUACAGCGAGGCGAGAAAGAGGGUCGAGGCUGGACGCACUGGCUGGAGGGUGACAAGCUGCAUUUGGAGAUGAGAGUUCAAGGUGUGGUUGCCAAGCAAGUCUUCAAGAAGGGUGAUUGAAGUUGUGGAAAUAUGCGUUUACUUAAUAACCUCAACUUAUUCUUAACAGAAAAUAGUCAAUGACUUCGUGCAAGAAUUUAAAUGUUUAUAGCUUUUUUUUUUUAUUAUAAUCAAUAUCAAUUUAAAAUACUUAAUAUCUGUGAAAAUACUGUUAUGUACAUGUUAUUGAUUGUUUCUGUCAGAUGGUACUAAUUAAGAGAACAGCAGAGCAAAACGACAUUCCCAACACACUUCAUAUUGCACUGUCUAUUUUCACAAUGUUAUAAACAAAUCUGUCAGGCUUCACUGCUUCAUCGUAAAUACAUCAUGUUAUACUAA